UAUUGAGUAAACGUGUUCCAGUGCCAGCUCAAACCCGGAAUCCAAAGAUGCCUGCUGAUUUUCUUUCGCUGCUCAACAGCCGCGACUCGUCGCUGAUCACCUCGAACAAUCCCAUCAUCAAUGAUCUGGUAAAGCCCAUGAGCCUGGAGCUGAGCACCGCCGUGCAGUUGAUCGCCAAGACGCGACGCCAGCGAAUGCAGGAGCUGUUCGACCAGGAGUACGAGUGGGAGCAGGAGGAACUGUCUCGCCUGGGACUGAGUCGUAUCAAUGACACUUACAACUGCUGCACUCCCGAUGGAUUGCGCAAGGUUAAGCUAUAGGCUUGCCCUGCAGAUUUGUCCUCCAAGGAUUCCAAAUUUCCAUGUCUAAUCUUUCCGAGAACCCUCCCUGCUGGAGAAUUAAAUUCAUUUUGCUCGUUAUGUUCCCCGCAAGCCUUCCGCUUUUGUUUCGGCUUCUCAGUUUUUCCUGCGGUCAACUGUCGGCCGUAUAAUAAAUUGAUUUCGUCGGC